UCUUCAGCCAUUUGCAAGAUAUGUGAAUUAUCAUUUGAAUCUGAGCAGGUUCUGUUGCAGCAUAUGAAGGAUAAUCAUAAGCCUGGAGAAAUGCCAUAUGUUUGCCAGGUGUGCAAUUAUAGGUCCUCAGUUUUUUUAGAUAUCGAUAUUCAUUUUCGAAAUGUCCACGAAAACACUAAAAAUUUGCUGUGUCCAUUUUGUCUGAAAGUUAUUAAAUCAGGAACUCCAUACAUGCAGCAUUACAUGAAACACCAGAAUAAAGGUGUGUAUAGAUGUGCAAAGUGCAGGCUGCAGUUUUUGUCUUGCAAAGAAAAAAUGGAUCACAAAGCUCAGCAUCACAGGACAUUCAGAAAGCCAAAACAACUUGAAGGUCUUCCUCCAGGAACAAAGGUCACAAUCCGAGCAUCUUCUGGAGGAAAUACCAACCCUGUUUCCCCUCCUACCACUUCAACUCCAAGAAAUCCUCCCUCCACUCCAAGAAAUCCUCCUUCCUCACCUAGAAAUCCUCCCCCCACUCCUAGAAAUCCUCCCUCCACUCCUAGAAAUCCUCCCUCCGCUCCUAGAAAUCCUCCCUCCGCUCUAAAAAUCCUCCCUCCACUCCGAAAAAAUCCUCCCUCCAUUCCUAGAAAUCCUCCCUCCAUUCCCAGAAAUCCUCCAUCCACUCCCAGAAAUCCUCCCUCCACUCCUAUAAAUCCUCCUUCCAUUUCCAUUAAUCCUCCUGCCACUCCACCCAGGCCACCCACUCAGUUCCUGCCUGUAACGCCAUCUCAGCCAGUUCCUAAAAUCAAGACUGUAAGUCCUAAGAACAAUCAGGUUUCUCCACCUAAAGUAAACACACUGUCACCUAAACCUAAAUCACCUCCAAAGAAGUCUGUGACUCCAAACACUACAAAAAGAAUGAAGGUGACUAAUACAGCAUUGCGAAAUAUAAGGUACAUUCCUGGGCUCCAUAAAUGCAUUGAAUGUCAUCGUCAAGUGGUGGAUUUUGAGGGGCAUUUCCACACUUAUGUGCACUGCAGCAAAUGCAAGUUCAGUACCAGCUGCAAUAAAGCUUACACUAACCACAUGCUG